UUAUAUCUUUAUGUUUGAAGCCUGAAAUGUGGCAAAAGGUCGCAAAGUUCAAGGGGGCCGAAUAUUUCGCAAGGCACUGUAUAUAGUUUGUUAACAAGAAAUUUGUGGAGUGGUUGAAAAAUUAGUUUUAAUGACUCCAACCUAAGUGUAUGUAAAGUUCCGACUUCAACUGUACAUGACCCUAAGCAUGAUGGGACGUUAAUUGCUUAAUUAACUCAGGAACCACACCGGUGUGGUAGCACCUGCUUUCAAUAUACUUUGUAUCCCUCCAUUUCCUCCCGUGUUUCCAUGGUUUCGGAAGUUACCUGUUUGUGUAAACAAAGGAACAGUUGGUUAUAAGGGACUUUUAACCAAUGGUGGUCUUUGAACCAAUAAGAACAGAGAAAGACGAGAUACAAACUAAUGAGUUGAAUAUCUUGACAAUUUGACAUGUUCAAGACACACUCUGAAAUGCCUUAAGCUUUUGCACACUAUAACUGCCCUGUCGAUCUCUCUGUCUUUAGAACAGGCUCUAUUUACCUUAGUAAUAAUGUAGAUACCCUAAAAUCAUACUUUCCACAAAGGCUUAAUCAUUAUUAAUAGUCCUAGUUAAAGUGUCUAUCAAUGUGGUUAGUACAACUGAUAGAACAGUCAGUUUACAACAGAAUGUUCUUAUUUUUAUUUUAUAGAAAAGAGGACAUAUGCUGUAUUUCAUGGACAAAUCUAUUUAUCAUUGUGUCCAGUAAUUUCUAUGCUGUAUUUGAGUUGCUUGGCUAUAUUUUUGUUUGUUUGUUUUCAUAAACAUUCUGCUUAAAAAAAACAACAACAACCUUGCUUUCAAUCUAGAUAUAAAAUUGUGUUGAAAUCAUUGACUUUGCACUGAAAUGUUCAGAAAUUAGUUGUAUUAGUUUUGUGGGGGAAACUAACAAGAAAAUAACUUCAGUUUCUUGUCAUGAUACGGUCAGAAUGUUUGAGAAAUCUAUUCUAUUAUCUGUAUAUUCUAAAUCUAUUCUACUAUCUGUAUAUUCUAAAUCUAUUCUACUAUCUGUAUAUUCUAAAUCUAUUCUACUAUCUGUAUAUUCUAAAUCUAUUAUCUCUUCUUUGAGAGAGAUUGUUCAUGGUUGAAAAAGUGAAAAAAAAAAGUGGUCUUGUUGGAAAAACUCACAUUGAGAGAAUGAGAGAAUUUUAUCCAAAGCCUGUAUAGUUUACAUAAAUGUCCAUCUUGUAAUUUGUAUUUUUUUUCUUUGGGAGUGUGUUUUUGAUUUGAUUAUGAAUUAAAGAUGGCAACAACCUAAUCUUGUUCCUGUGUUAGGCCUACUUUUGUGUAUGCCAUAUAGGGCUAGAUUUCAGUUAUCCACCCUUUCCUUGCCUCAGAGAAAAGUCAGGAAAGCAAAUAUCUUUUAUCUAACCUCUUGUCUCUCAAUGUAAAUGUAUAUUGAAUUGACCCAGUUGGCUAAAAAUAAUUUAGAAAAUGCACUUUUGAUACAGGCAGGGUAUAUCCUAGGCCCAGGGCUGUCUCUGGGCCUACACUUUGCACCUUUUUAAAUAUGGAACUCUCAAUAAAUCCUGAUCAGAUUAAUCAAUAUAAUCGUACAAAUCAUGUUAGGGAGCAAUUUCCCAAAUGGGUUUUUAAGUUGGUGUUGAGCAGCAUGUUCUCAAUGACAGAUAAUCCUAAAUGUGAUAAGACAUCCUGAAUACAGAAGCUAUUUAACUAGGAUCAGACAUAAUAAGAUCAAGCUAUGACGUUUGGGCUUUGAUUGAGAUGGGAUACAGACAGCAAAGGACCUUAUUUUCUGUAGUUUCUUGGUCAUAUGGUGGAGAGCAUGCGUUUUAAAUUAAGUACCAUGGACAGCACCACUGCCGUCGGCACACCUUGGCGCUUCGGCCCGACUUUGAACUCUACUUCUCCGGGAUUCAAAUCUAGUACUGUGGCGCCAACGAUUUUUCCACGGGCAGGCUACAGCAUCCUCUCCUAUCUCAUGUUCAUUAAUGCCAUUUUCUCUGUUUUUAACAAUACUCUGGUAAUAACGGUGUUGGUGAAGAAUCGUCCUCUCCUCAACCCAAUGAAUGUGAUUAUCCUCAGUUUAGCCGUGUCUGAUUUGAUGAUCGCUUUGUGCGGUUCUUCAAUAGUCACCAUUACCAACUAUCAUGGUUCAUUCUUUCUUGGCGACGAGUUCUGCAUCUUUCAAGGAUUUGCUGUCAACUAUUUCGGUCUGGUGUCUAUGUGCACGUUAACACUGCUGGCGUAUGAGCGCUACAUCGUGGUGUGUAAGCCCAUGGCAGGCUUCAAGAUGAACGUACGUCGGAGCGUUCAGGGGCUCCUGGGGGUCUGGCUGUUCUGUUUGUUCUGGGCCGUGCCUCCACUGCUGGGUUGGAGCUCCUAUGGACCCGAGGGCGUCCAGACCUCCUGCUCUCUGGGCUGGGAGGAGAGGUCCUGGAGUAACUAUAGUUACCUGAUCCUGUACACGCUGUUCUGCUUCCUCCUGCCUGUCGCAAUCAUCAUCUACUGUUACGCCAAUGUCCUCACCUCCAUGAGACGGCUUAACCAUAGUACGGAGUUGCAGGGCGGUCAUCCCUGUCUGCAGGACAACGAGCGGGCGGUAAGGAUAGUGCUGGCCAUGAUCGGGGCCUUCUUUGUCUGCUGGCUGCCCUACACAGUCCUGUCCGUGGUGGUUGUGGUAGACCCAGAGCUCCACAUCCCUCCACUGGUGGCUACCAUGCCUAUGUACUUCGCCAAGACCAGUCCUGUCUACAACCCCAUCAUCUACUUCCUAAGCAACAGGCAGUUCCGUGAUGCCACUCUGGAAGUCCUCUCCUGUGGGCGCUACAUUUCCCACGACCCGGCCACCGACACCGUCCCCAUGCGCUCCAUGACCCUGAGGACCACGGUGGGCAGAAGGGUGGGCAGAAAAAAACAAGGGAUCAGUGCGCACAGCAGGGUGCUUCCUCUGUGACUCCUCUCUCCUCCAUCUCCUAAAUCUCCAUCUCCUCCAUCUCCUAAAUCUCCAUCUCCUCUCUCCUCCAUCUCCAUCGCCUCUCUCCUCCAUCUCCCCUCUCCUCCAUCUCUCUCCUCAUCUCCUCCUCUCUCCAUCUCUUCCAUCUCCUCCAUCUCCUCUCUCCUCCAUCUCCUCCUCUCUCCAUCUCCUCCUCUCUCCUCCAUCUCCCCUCCACCGCCUCUCUCCUCCAUCUCCAUCUCCUCUCUCCUCCAUCUCCAUCUCUCUCCUCCAUCUCCAUCUCUCUCCCCCAUCUCCUCUCUCCUCCAUCUCUCCUCCAUCUCCUCCUCUUCUCCAUCUCCUCCUCCAUCUCCUCCUCUAUCCCCUCCUCUCAUCUAUCUCCUCCAUAUCCUCUCUCCUCCAUAUCCUCCUCUCCUCUAUCUCCUCCAUCUCCUCCAUAUCCUCUCUCCUCAUCUCCAUCUCCUCCAUAUCCUCUCUCCUCCAUCUCCUUCAUCUCCUUCUAUCUCCUCCAUCUCCUCCAUAUCCUCUCUUCUCAUCUCCAUCUCCUCCAUAUCCUCUCUCGUCAUCUCCAUCUCCUCCAUAUCCUCUCUCCUCAUCUCCAUCUCCUCCAUAUCCUCUCUCCUCCAUCUCCUUCAUCUCCUCCAUAUCCUCUCUCCUCCAUAUCCUCCUCUCUCCUAAAUCUCUUCCUCUCCAUUUCCUCUAUCUCCUCAAUCUCCUCCAUUUCUCCUCCAUCUCUCCUCCAACUCCUCCAUCUCCUCAUCUCCUCUCUCUUCCAUCUCCUCUUUCCCCAUCUCCUCUCUCCUCCAUCUCCUCUUCAAUCUCCUCCAUCUUUUCCAUCUCCUCCUCUCUCCUCCAUCUCCUCCUCUGAAAACAGAAACAGGAGCCUAGAAGUAUCGCAGUGGUCUGGGUCCAUUCGAGCCCCAUCACAGCUCAUCACUCAGUGAAACCUAACUUCCACUUCAGUGGACUAUUCACACAGAAUUUGACUUAAGUGGAAGUUAGGGUUUGCAGAGAUACAGAGAGAAGCUGCAGCCUCAUCCUAAAUAAAGUCCAGUCCAUGUCAAUCAAUUAAUCAGUCAGCAAGCAAGUCCUUGUCUGCAGUACAUUCAAAAAAACUGAAAUGGCGCAAGGAUUCUAAAGUAUAACAAAGAUUGUUUUUUUAAAGAAUUACAGAAAACGGGGGGGUGCAAAUUUGUCUUUGAAAAUUAUUUAUUGAGAUCCAUUUUAGAGUAAUGCAAAGCGGAUUCUGUUUUCGUAGUGUGUAUGUUUGUGUCUGUGUGUGUGUGUGUGUGUGAUUGCGUAUGUGCGUGCAUGCCUGCGUGUGUGUGAGUAUUUUCAAUUUCUGAUAUUUUACAGUGUAUUUAUUACAGUAAACCAACCAAGAGCAGGCAUGCUACUUUCUUUUUUUGUGCUCUGUUUUGCAGUGGUGUAAAGUACUUGGGAAAGUAAAGUACUUUAAAGUACUACAUAAGUAGUUUUUGGGGGUAUCUGUACUUUACUUUACUAUUUAUAUUUUUUACAACUUUUACUUUUACUUCACUACAUUCCUAAAUAAAAUAUUGUACUUUUUACUCCAUACAUUUUCCCUGACAACCCAAAGUACUCGUUACAUUUUGAAUGCUUAGCAGGACAGGAAAAUUGUGAAAUUCACGCACUUAUCAAGAGAACAUGUGGUCUACCCUACUGCCUAUGGCCUGGCGGACUCACUAUACACAAAUGCAUAUUUUCUUAAAUAUUGUCUGAGUGUUGGGGUGUGCCCCUGGCUAUCCAUACAUUUUAAAAACAAGAAACUGAUGCCACCUGCUUUGCUUAAGAUAAGGAAUUUCAAAUGAUUAAUACUUUUACUUCUACUUUUGAUACUUAAGUACAUUUUAAAACCAAAUACUUUUAGAUUUUUACUGGGUGACUUUCAUUUUUACUUUAGUAAUUUUCUAUUAAGGUAUCUUUACUUUAACUCAAGUAUGAGAAUUUGAUACUUUUUCCACAACUGCUGUUUUGUCGUGUGUGUGGUGUGUGUGUAGUGUGUCUGUGUGUGUGUGUGGUGUUGUGUGUGUGUGUGUGUGUGUGGUGUUGUGUGUGUGUGUGUGUGGUGUUGUGUGUGUGUGUGUGUGUGUGUGUGUGUGGUGUUGUGUGUGUGUGUGUGUGUGUGGUGUUGUGUAUGUGUGUGUGUGUGUGUGUGAGAGAGAGUGUGUGUGUGUGGUAGACACACAGUUUCUUAAUUUUGUUCAGAAUGUAUUUUUAAUUUUAUG